AUUUGUGUAGCUUCUGCUCAACAUUAAAUCUGAAGAUAGAAUUUCAAGAUGAGGCUCCAGGCUAUUCACAGCUCUUAUCCGUCCAUGUUCCUGCUGUUUUCACGCUUGAACACGGCCUCUCUUUGCAGCUCUACGGCCAUGAACUUCACCGUUAACGAAGCUUUGUUAAAACUCAGCAGCAGACAACAAAUUUUGAUGAGAAGCACUUGCUGUGGUGCGAGGAGGAGAGUGAGAUAUGAAGAAGAUGAAGAGGAAUAUGGGUACAAGGAGGAGAUCGCAAUGCUGGAAAUUUAUUCUCAGUCGGCAAGAGGAGAAGCGCUUCUUGUGAAAGCUCUUGUGGAUGAGCAGGAGGUAGAAGUGCUUAUUUUCAGGGGAUUCUCUUCUAGCUUGAGUGGUAGGACUUCACCAGAUCCAUCAAGAAGUGUGGUUCCAGCAAGAGCAGUGAUAAAAUCUAUAGACAGAAUCAAAGGGCCUUUUGAUCCUUCUAAUGGAAUCUCUGACUCUUCAAUAUUAUGCCAGAUAUUCGCUGAAGCUGAUGUCGGUUUUUUGGCCAGUCUUCUUUUUUAGAGAAGCGGUAAUUUCGAACUGUUUGGAAUAAGUUAGAUGAUUCCAUAACAAUCAUCUUCAUUGCUCUGGGCGAGAUUGACCGAGGCACUAGAGCUUCGGUAAGAUUCUUCUCCAUCUUCUUCUUCUGCUUCCUCUUCUUCAUCUUGGAGUUGUGAAAGAAUAGUCUUG